AGUGACGGCUUAUAUAUGGAGAGAGUACUGUUCAUCCAGCAUUAUUUCACAGAAGCGAGGAUUUGAAAUAGACAAAAGGGAUACAGUUUGCUUCAAGCAAUUCGUACCGGUAGCGGCACCGCAAAGGCUGUUAAUUCAUUCAUUAUACUUCUAUAAAGCUCUUCUCGUAGAUUUGAGUACAAACACGCAAAGAUGAAACUGUUGUGGUUUGUGAUGCUGCUGGUCGGCACCGUGUUUGCCGCCGACGAUGACGACAAGAGGGAGAACGUGGGGACUGUGGUAGGGAUUGACCUGGGGACCACCUACUCAUGUGUUGGCGUGUUCAAGAAUGGACGUGUGGAGAUCAUUGCUAAUGACCAGGGAAACCGAAUCACCCCCUCUUAUGUGGCCUUCACCAGUGAAGGUGAGCGUCUGAUUGGUGAUGCUGCCAAGAAUCAGCUGACCUCUAACCCUGAGAACACCAUCUUUGAUGCCAAGAGGUUGAUUGGCCGCACUUGGGGUGACCCCUCUGUGCAGCAGGAUGUCAAGUACCUGCCCUUCAAGGUUACCGAGAAGAAGAGCAAGCCCCAUAUCCAGGUUGACAUUGGUGGUGGCCAGCUCAAGACCUUUGCUCCAGAGGAGGUCUCUGCUAUGGUGCUGACUAAGAUGAAGGAGACUGCUGAGGCUUACCUGGGCAAGAAGGUCACACAUGCUGUGGUCACUGUCCCUGCCUACUUCAAUGAUGCCCAGCGCCAAGCCACUAAGGAUGCUGGUACCAUUGCUGGUCUGAAUGUUAUGCGAAUCAUCAAUGAACCAACUGCUGCUGCCAUUGCUUAUGGCCUGGACAAGAGGGAUGGAGAGAAGAACAUUCUUGUGUUCGAUCUGGGUGGUGGCACCUUUGAUGUCUCUCUCCUGACCAUUGACAAUGGUGUGUUUGAAGUGGUGGCCACCAACGGUGACACUCAUCUGGGAGGCGAGGAUUUUGACCAGCGUGUCAUGGAGCACUUCAUCAAGCUGUACAAGAAGAAGACUGGCAAAGAUGUUCGCAAAGACAACCGUGCCGUGCAGAAGCUGCGUCGUGAGGUCGAGAAGGCCAAGAGGGCCCUGUCUGCCCAGCACCAGGCCCGCAUUGAGAUCGAGUCCUUCUUUGAGGGAGAAGACUUCUCUGAGACCCUGACUCGUGCCAAGUUUGAGGAGCUGAACAUGGACCUGUUCCGUUCCACCAUGAAGCCUGUACAGAAGGUGCUGGAAGAUGCUGACUUGAAGAAGUCUGAUAUUGAUGAGAUUGUCCUGGUUGGGGGCUCAACCCGUAUUCCCAAAAUCCAGCAGCUGGUGAAGGAGUUCUUCAAUGGCAAAGAGCCAUCUAGGGGCAUCAACCCUGAUGAGGCUGUGGCAUACGGAGCUGCUGUGCAGGCUGGCGUGCUUUCUGGAGAAGAGGACACUGGUGAUGUGGUUCUUCUGGAUGUUUGCCCCCUGACCCUUGGUAUUGAGACUGUUGGAGGAGUAAUGACCAAGCUGAUCCCCAGGAACACUGUGGUGCCCACCAAGAAAGCUCAGAUCUUUUCUACUGCUUCUGAUAAUCAGCCUACUGUCACCAUCAAAGUCUAUGAAGGUGAGCGUCCUUUGACAAAAGACAACCAUCUCCUGGGCACCUUCGACCUGACUGGCAUCCCCCCUGCUCCUCGUGGUGUACCGCAAAUUGAAGUCACCUUUGAGAUCGACGUCAACGGUAUUCUGCGUGUCACUGCUGAGGACAAGGGCACCGGUAACAAGAACAAAAUCACCAUCACAAACGACCAGAACCGCCUAACACCUGAGGACAUCGAACGCAUGGUGAACGACGCCGAACGUUUCGCUGAUGAAGACAAGAAGCUGAAGGAGAGGAUUGACGCUCGCAAUGAGUUGGAGAGCUACGCCUACUCUCUGAAGAACCAGAUCGGUGACAAGGAGAAGCUUGGUGGCAAGCUGUCAGAUGAUGAUAAGGAAUCCAUUGAGAAGGCAGUGGAGGAGAAGAUUGAGUGGUUGGAGUCCCACCAAGAUGCUGACCUGGAAGACUUCCAGGCCAAGAAGAAGGAGCUCGAGGAGGUGGUUCAGCCCAUUAUCAGCAAGCUCUACGGUAGUGCAGGUGGUUCACCACCUGAGGGCGGUGAGCAAGAGGAGAAGGAUGAGUUGUAGGCAGGUUUGAAGUCUUGUCGCUCCUUACCCCGAUGGCAUCUUGGUGUACAUAGUGGACUGAUGGGACUCAAGUUGUGAGAGGAGUGGUAGGGAAGGGGCUGACAAUAAGUGACCAUACUGAAGUUCCUGAAAGACUAAAAUAAGUUUCAGUGUGUGAGACGUAUUCUCUUCGCUGGAAGGCGGAGAUAUUUGUCAGCCUGAAUAUGAGGCUUGUUGCUGCUGUUCUCAGGCAGUCCUGAUGGGGUUCUGUGAAUGGGAGGGGUUUAGUGGGUGGGGGGGAGGGUGUCUGUGGGUACAUUGAAUAUAGUGUCUGCGGGAUUAAGGGCUCUUUAUGUUCACAGGCAGUGCUAAAAUUUAUUUAUUGAAUCUGGUCAUUGUACAUCUGGAAAAGCAUCAAAAUAAAUGUUUGAUAGAAACUG